UGCACGCCAUGUCGACUCCGUUUUAGCGACUGAUUCCUUCUUACGCGUGUCUUGCUCUUGCCACUAUCUCCGACUCUCGACCCCUGUCAUGAUCGCAAGCUGCUCCGAUUUCCCCGUCAGCUAUCUUCCCUCCCUUGUGAUUUAGAUACGACAGCCCCGGCUCUGUUGCGAUGGCCUAUUACGAUGAAUCGGGCGGUGAUGCCCCGCCAUAUUCGAGAGGGCAAAAGACCUUCGAAGGUGGAAUGGCUGGCCCGCGACGACCAAGACUGGUCACGGAUUAUAGCUCCUCGCUCGUACAAUGGAUGCGCACACGACGACCGCAAUACAGGGGAGGUCAUCGGAUGGAGGUAGAACGGCCAAGUGCAAGCUAUGUGGUGGAUAUGCUCCCUCCGUUGGCGCGCGUUCAUUCUCCGGCAGACACCAUUCCCGUGCGCCAUCUACAUCAGUCGAUCGGAAAGUCGAAAAAGCCGAUUACCGUGGUGCGAUGGACCCCCGAAGGCAGGCGUCUCUUGACGGGUGGACAUACUGGAGAGUUUAUGUUGUGGAAUGGGACGGCGUUCAACUUCGAAACGGUGAUGGAUGCUCAUUAUGAUCAACUGCAAGCGGGAGUGACUUCUUUGUCCUGGUCGCACAGCCAUGAUUGGCUGAUUUCCGGAGGACAGAAGGGUGAUGUGAAAUAUUGGCGACCGAACUUCAACAACGUGGAAACGAUUGACGAUGCGCACCAUGAUGCGGUGCGAGACCUGGCAUGGUCCCCCAGCGACAGCAAAUUUCUCACGGCCUCCGACGACACGACCUUGAAGAUCUUCGACUUCACCUCUCGAACUGCCGACACCGUUCUUACCGGCCAUAACUGGGACGUCAAGUCCUGCGAUUGGCAUCCUACCAAGGGGUUGUUGGUUUCGGGAUCUAAGGACCACCAGGUUAAAUUCUGGGACCCACGCACGACACGAUGCUUGACAACACUGCACAGCCAUAAGAACACCGUGACUGCCACGAGGUUCUCGCCGGUAAACAGCAAUCUUCUGGCAACGUCGUCGCGGGACCAGACCGCAAGGAUCUUUGAUCUACGUAUGAUGCGGGACAUCUGCAUUCUUCGGGGCCACGAGAAGCCGGUCUCGUCUCUCACGUGGCAUCCAAUUCACACUACACUGGUGUCGACAGGCAGCGAGGAUGGAUCGCUGUACCACUGGCUGCUUGACGAACCUAACAUGCCGUCGGGUCAAGCGCCCACGGUCGCACCGUACGACAGCACCGAUCCCGCCAAUACGCCGGCGCAAGUGAUUCACCCGGCCCACAAGGUCCAAUAUGCGCAUGGCGCAACGAUCUGGUCUCUGGACUGGCACCCGCUUGGACACAUACUUGCUUCCGGUUCGAAAGAUAAUUUCACGCGGUUCUGGUCUCGGGCUAGACCCGGCGAGACUAGCUACAUGAAGGAUAGGUUCCACAUCGGAGAAGACGCCGCGGAGGCUCAAGGCACGUGGAACCGAGGCUUUGGAAAGCGACAGAUGCGGGAGGAAGAAGAACAGGAGCUGCAGGACGAGGCCGAAAGCUUGGUCGAUCAGAGAAAACCUGCAGGCUCGUUUCUUCCCGGGAUACAGAGCGCACCUCCGGGAAGCGGUCCCCAGAACGGGCCGGCGCCAUUGUUACCUGGCAUUGGCGCUCCCCAACCGCCGCCGCCGCAGGGUGGGAUGCCAGCCGGAAUGCCUCAAAUGGACCCUGGCCGUUUGGCCGCGCUGCUGUCUACCCAACAGGCGCCUCAAGGAGGCAAUUUCCCUCCAGGUGCUGGAAUACCUGGAUUCAGCAUGCCUCCUGCUAUGCCGGGAACACCGCCUGUGAACGUCGACCUUGCAGAGCUACAAAAGCAGCUGCUUUCUCAAGGCGUCUCUUUGCCCCAGAAUUUCCCCCCUGCGAACUUUGGUCCUAUUCCUCCGUCCAUGGGCUCAGGGGGUCUUCCUGGGUUGCAAGGUGGUGGCUUUCCGGAUAAUGGAUAUGGAAGGUGAUGCCUCUCGGGUUUCUGUUCGAUUUUACUGACAAUUUGUCCGGAGAUAUUGGCGUAGACGUAGGUAGCUUUUGUGCAGGAUUUUCAUUUCUUGCCUUUUCCCUUUUGCAUGGCUUUCAAGAGCACCGGAUUCUUCACUGGAUGUAUUAUAACUCGGAUAUUAUAAGGUUAUUAGGUCUAUACAAUAGUACAGACACCAGC